AUGCCAUCUUCCACGUCCGCACCUGAUAAAUCAAGACAAACCUCGGCGGGAAAAUCAUUCUUUGGAAGGAAACUGCACAAGGAGAAGCCGGUAGAGAUUCGCCAUGAGAGCAGCAGCACCAGCAGUCUGGGCGAUCUGGAGAAUCUCGCGCCGCCAGGGAGUGCCGCCGGUUCUCGUUCAUCACGGCAUUCGAAUAAACGCACUUCCGUCCAAUCUAUCGAUCAUAACCCUUACGAUCUCGAUGCUAGCGGUAUCGCGCCCACGGCUGGCGUGAUCACGUCCAUUCCUUUUGAAAGCACUCCCUCCGAUACCCGUAAUCCGAUUCCCGUGGAUUAUCUGUCCAAUGCGUCGCCGCGGAGAGAACCGUCGCCUCACCAUUUGGCGAAAGGUGGUGGGGAUUUCCAUCAGUAUCCGGUGUUUAAUCCCUCCGCAGCUCACGUGCAGAAUUAUUAUUCCCAUCCCACCGGUCCUCGUCCUCCGCCGCAUGCUUCGAAUAUGACUAUGAGUGGAAGUUCAACGGGCGAUAAGGGUCCGCGGUAUCAGCAGUGGGGGAGACCGGGCAGUUCGGCCACAAAUGCGCCAUUCAGUCACAAUUCCUCCUCGACUUUCGAUUCGUCCCAGAACUCCCGCCUCUCGCUCGAUCAGAUGAGUCUUCAUUCGUCCGUUUCGUCAAACACACGAGGAUCAAACUAUUUCUCCGCUGACGGUUCAAACCGCACGAUUACAACAUCGCACUCCGAUCGAAAUAACCUCACGCCCAGUGGGAGUUCAAGCCGGUUAUCGACCGUGUCAACUGCGACUACCGGACCCCCGCCGAUCGUCCCAGAACAAUACCUUGCUCGACCUCGAGAUGACCGUAUAGUGGAUCAGCUGUUUUUGGAGUUGAUGCAGAAGCGAGGUUGGCAGAACCUUCCGGAGCAGGCGAAACGGCAGAUGUUGGCAUACCCAGCUUCGAAGAAAUGGACUCUUGUACACCAGGAUCGUUUAACAGAGUUACAAGGCGAACAGAAGCGGAGGCAAAAUGCCCGGCAGACUCAUGGUCACGAUGGGCCUGUGGGGAUUCUGGAACGGGCUGAUGAAGAGGGAAGCCCGGAGUGGUAUGUGAAGAAAGUAAUGGAUGAUACGAUUACGUCCAAGCAACUCGCGAGUUUGAGUGUCAGUCUGCGAACACAGCCGAUUAGCUGGGUUAGGGCAUUUGUCGAAGCACAAGGUCAAAUUGCAUUGACAAAUGUGCUCAUCAAGAUUAACCGGAGGAAGGCUUCUGGGCCUGUUCCUGCGCCUCCGACUGGUGAUAAAGAUUUGGACCGCGAAUAUGAUAUUGUCAAAUGUUUGAAGGCACUGAUGAACAACAAGUAUGGUGCAGAUGAUGCUCUCGCGCACCAGCAAGUCAUAAUCGCCCUCGUUAGCUCUCUGUUGUCACCCCGGUUGAACACAAGGAAGCUGGUCAGCGAAGUCCUGACCUUCCUUUGCCAUUGGGGCGAGGGCGAGGGCCACUUGAAGGUCCUCCAAGCAAUGGACCAUGUCAAGAACUACCAAGGUGAAACGGGCCGCUUUGACGCCUGGAUGCGGAUCGUCGAGGUUACGAUAGACGGCCGUGGUAAAAUGGGUAGUUUGGUCGGUGCCAGCGAGGAGUAUCGGAGUGGAGGUAUUGGAAUGGAGAACCUGCUCAUGGAAUAUGCCGUUUCGACUAUGAUCCUUAUAAACAUGAUGGUGGAUGCGCCGGAGAAUGACCUUCAGCUUCGAUGUCACAUUAGGGCCCAGUUCAUCUCAUGUGGCAUCAAGCGUCUGUUAACGAAAAUGGAGGGCUUCCAGUAUGAGGUGAUCGACAAGCAGAUUGAGCGAUUCAGGGAGAAUGAAGCCAUCGACUACGAAGAUCUCCUUCAGCGUGAAGGCAGCAGCGUCAAGGACAGCAUCGAGGGCGAGGUCAAAGACAUGUCCGACCCGAUGCAAAUUACCGAUGCCAUCGCCUCUAGAAUCAACGGAAGCCGGGCGCACGACUACUUCCUCUCGGCCAUGCAGCAUAUGCUGCUGAUCCGCGAGAACUCUGGCGAGGAUGGUCUGCGGAUGUUCCAGCUCGUGGAUGCGAUGAUGAGCUAUGUCGCCAUGGACCGGCGGUUGCCCGAUUUGGACUUCCGGCAAGGGUUAACGUUUACCGUGCAGAGUCUUUUGGAUCGUCUCCACACAGAUGAAGAGGCUCGACAGGUGUACGAUGAAUCGCUGGAAGCCCGGCAGAUUGCCGAAGCAGCAAUUGCAGAGCGUGAUGAGAUGAAAGCGCAGGUGGAGCUGGGAGCUGAUGGUCUGGUCAAAAAGCUGCAGAAGCAGAUUGAUGAGCAGACGAGCAUCAUCGAGUUGCAGGCUAGGCAAAACGAAUCUAUCAAGGCGGAGAUUGCCGAUGUGCAGCGGCUGCGUGCCCAGGAGUUGCAGCGCAAUGAACUCGAGACCCGUGAACUGUAUCUCAUGCUUCGUGACGCCCAGGACAUCGCCGCGUCGAAUGCGAAGAAGAAUAACGUCGCGGAAACGGAUCCGGUUCAGAUGAGAGGUAUCAUGGACCGUGAUCAACUGCUGGGGAGAUUGGAGAGACAGCUGGAGCGGACGAAGACCCAAUUCAAGUUGGAAGGUAGGGUUUGGGGCCAGCAUGGACCGUCUGACCGUCUGCGUGAGUUACGUGAGCAGAUGGACGGAGAGGCCGAACCCAGCGACGAUUUUGAGGAGCAGGCUCGUCUGAACCUGGACAGCAAUGCUUUAGGAUCCGUGCAUCGCAAGAGAAGCCAUGUUGGUUUGACGAACGAAGCGGACGAGAAAGGGCAGCCGAUCUAUGUCCCGCGGCCCCGGAUGGACCCUACGCAGGCGACUGGUCUGCUUGGAGAAAUCGCUUCCAAGGUUCCCAAGAUUGAUGCGGAUGUUCCUGGAGCGGUGGACGAGGAGGCUACUCCUAAGCCGCCUACAGGACCCGAAGACGAAGUCGCUACCGAGGAAGCUAAGGCCGAUCUCGAGGGCACAACACCAGACAAGGCCAAAGCUGCUGCUCCCCCUCCCUCGCCGCCACCGCCGCCGCCGCCGCCGCCGCCGCCGCCAGGUGGUGCGGUUGGUAUACCUCCUCCUCCCCCCCCUCCUCCACCACCGCCGCCGGGUGGUGCAGGUAUCCCCCCCCCUCCUCCGCCUCCUCCACCUCCAGGUAUGGCUGGGGUGCCUCCGCCGCCGCCGCCGCCGCCGCCGCCAGGUAUGGCCGGCGCAAUGCCUCCACCACCUCCACCACCGCCUGGUAUGAAGUUUGGAGCACCUCCGCCGCCUCCACCGCCUGGUGCUGGCUUCGGAGGCUGGAGGGCCAAUUACAUGGCUUCUCAGGGUGUCCCUGGCGCUACAACUGGUAUGAUGCCGACGAUCCGACCUAAGAAGAAGCUCAAGGCUCUGCACUGGGACAAGGUGGAUGCUCCGCAGGUCACGGUGUGGGCGUCGCAUGCUCCGACACCGGAGGACCGAGAGGAAAAGUAUACGGAGCUGGCCAAGAAGGGUGUGUUGGAUGAGGUUGAGCGGCUGUUCAUGGCGAAGGAGACCAAGAUCUUCGGACGCAGUAACGCGGCUAAGCAGCGCAAGGACAAGAAGCAGAUUAUCUCUAAUGAGUUGUCGAAGACGUUCCAGAUCGCCAUGGCCAAGUAUUCUCAAUACCCGCCUGAUGAUAUUGUGCGUAUGAUUAUUCAUUGUGACGCGGAGAUUCUGGAUAACAUGGUCGUUAUGGAGUUCCUGCAGAGAGACGAGAUGUGCACGAUUCCUGAGAACAUUUCCAAGUUGAUGGCGCCGUAUAGCAAGGACUGGACCGGUCCUGAUGCCGCCAGUUCCGACCGGGAGCAGGAUCCUAGCGAGCUUACAAGAGAGGAUCAGAUCUACUUGGCUACUGCUUUCGAGUUGCAUCAUUACUGGAAGGCUAGGAUGCGUGCGCUUGCUCUGACGCGGUCGUUUGAGCCGGACUACGAGCACAUUUCGGCCAAGCUUCAGGAUGUGGUCAAGGUUAGCGAGUCGCUACGUGAUUCGGUGUCUUUGAUGAACGUCCUCGGAUUGAUUCUUGAUAUUGGUAACUUCAUGAACGACGCCAACAAGCAAGCUCAAGGAUUCAAACUGGGUUCUCUCGCGCGUUUGGGUAUGGUCAAGGAUGACAAGAACGAGACCACCUUCGCCGACCUGGUCGAGCGUAUCGUCCGUAACCAGUACCCCGAAUGGGAAGGUUUCGCCGACGAUAUCAGCGGCGUCGUUAACCUCCAGAAGCUCAACGUUGACCAACUCCGCCAGGACGCCAAGAAGUACAUCGACAACAUCAAGAACGUCCAGGCUUCCUUGGACGCGGGUAACCUGAGUGAUCCGAAGAAGUUCCACCCGCAGGACCGUGUUAGUCAAGUCGUGCAGCGGAGUAUGAAGGAUGCUAGGCGGAAGGCGGAGCAGAUGCAGUUGUAUCUAGAGGAGAUGGCGAAGACGUAUAAUGAUAUCAUGGUGUUUUAUGGAGAGGACAGUGCGGAUGAGAACGCGAGACGGGAUUUCUUUGCCAAGUUGGCUACGUUCGUGAUGGAGUGGAAGAAAUCCCGGGAGAAGAACAUGACCCUGGAAGAAAGCAGGAGACGCACGGAGGCGUCGCUGGCUCGCAAGCGUAUGAACAUGAACACUGCUCUUGCGAAUGGUGCCGGUACUGCUACCGAGGCGCCCAACUCGCCUGCUACUAGCGGUGCAAUGGACUCGCUAUUGGAGAAGCUGCGUGCUGCUGCUCCUCAAGCCAGAGAUCAACGUGACCGUCGUCGCCGUGCCAGAUUAAAGGAACGACACAAUGUCCGCGUUGCGUCGGGACAACAGAUCCCCGAGAAUUUUGGAGCGGAAGAGGGCACGGAGGCAAACGAGGCCGAGAGCAAUACCGGCCAGGCCAAGGAUGAUGACGGCGCCAGUGCCGCAGAGUCUGGGAUGUUGAGUCCGCCUGGCCAGGAUGCCGAUCGUGGCGCUAGUCCUGAGCCUCAGUCUGAGAGCGAAGACGUCGCCGACCGCGCUGCAAGUAUGCUUCAAGGCUUGCGAGACAAUUCAGGGGAUGCCGAGCGCUCGCGAAGACGGCGAGAGAGUGCCGAGGAAGAACGACGCAAACGCCGGAUGAGACGACGCAAUGGUCCCACCAGCGGCAGCAAGGAUAGCGGUGAUGGCACUGGCGGUUUAUCAUCUGUCAAGGAGCCAGAGUCAAUGUCUCCUCCGGGAACGGCGGAUUCGAACAAUACAGAUGAUGCUGGCUCGCAGCCGCCGUCGACGCCGGCGAUUGUUGUCUCGCCGAAUGAUGAUGACCAGCAUGAUCGGUCGCCUGAUGAUAGUCGGCCGAGCAGUAAGCGGGAUUCGGAGCCUGAGUGA